AUGCUUGCAUACUUCAUUUCGCUCUUGUUGCUACUGUGUGCCUUUGCAGCUCCUAACAUGGAGGAGUUGGAGGGCACAUGGACAUCGAAAUCCAAUACUGUUUUCACCGGUCCUGGCUUGUAUGAUCCAGUUGAUGAACUUUUGAUCGAGCCUGCGUUACCUGGAAUCUCGUACUCCUUCACGAAAGACGGUCACUAUGAGGAGGCCUUGUACAGAAUCAAAUCCAACCCACAAAACCACUCUUGCCCCAUCGCCAGUCUCACAUUCCAACACGGGACAUACGAGAUCUUGAGCAACGGCAGUGUUGUGCUUACUCCUAUUGCUGUGGAUGGCAGACAGUUGUUGAGUGACCCAUGCGGUUACAGUGCAGAAAAGGCCAAGUACGUCAGAUAUGUCCAGCCAACGUGGUUUGAGAAGUACCAGGUGUCUAUCAACUCCUACCACGGCAGAUACAUGUUGCAAAUCUACCAGUUUGAUGGAUCUCCUAUGCAGCCUUUGUAUUUGGCAUACAAGCCUCCUAUGAUGUUGCCUACUACUGCUUUGAACCCUACCGACAAGGCCUCGGAAACGUCUUCUUCCUUAUCGCGGAAAGUUAAGCGGUCUUUGGAGAAUCAGUACAGAACGAACGCGGUCAAGAAGUUUUCAAGCGAAAAGUUUGACAAGUUUUGGUGGAUGUCUGUGGGUGUUUUGGGUGUUGGUUCUGCUGCAUGGUUUCUCCGCUAG